CUCCAUUUCUGACCAAGCCCAGAACAGCGGUGUUGGAACGUCCGAUCUUAACUGUCCUACUCUGAGUUGUGGCUGUCGGGCUGAGGUUGGAGUUCACAUUACCUGCAACACGUCAUCCCUCCUUCCAAAGAUAUAUAACCUGCGGACCUUUCCGUCGGAGGGCUCAGACCCAGGUACUCUCUCUUGCUUCAAUAAGUCUCUCAACAACCUCCCGUUUUCGAGACACCGAAGUCUCCGACUGUUGACAGCACGCUCUGUCAAGGACAUCGCCGCAAUGGAGCGCUUCGUACCUAUCGCCCAGGCCGUUACGGCUGUCUUUGCUGUCAUAGAGCUAGGCUUGACGUCUUACCUUGUCAGCCCAUGGCGCUGGGGGACGCCGAGCAUCCUAGGCUUCAUGCUAUUCAACUCGCUCUGGUCCCUGCUGGUUCUCGCCUACCUCUUCUUGACGCCCCUCUACUUCUCCCGCCUUUACCACAGCCUCGCGGCGCUAGUCAUCGAGUGGAUCACCGUCAUUUUCUGGUUCGCUGGCUCCAUCACUCUGGCCUCGUACGGCGCCACCAGUAGUUGCGCUGGCAACAAUUAUUGCGGUUCUUGGCAGGCGGCGAUUGCAUUCGGUUUCUUCCUUUGGGCGCUCUUCACCUUCUUUGCUGUUGUCCAUACGAUGGCAUUCUUGCGAGGGAACAAAGGGCACACUGCCACUGGCCAGCCCACACCAUACGCUGGCGCAUAGUUGUAAGUCCCGGCGUUGUGGGAAAUGGUAAUGGCAGGUCUGGGACAUGCCAUGCUCGAAGGAGGAACAAUUAUUCUGCAAAGCACCGAGAAUUUGACUAUGGCAACGGGAAGAGAUGAGGAGGAAGUCUUGAGGAGGACUGGGACUCAGAGCACGGCAGCGGGAAGAGAUGAGGAGGAAGCAGUGGCUGCGAGAGAUUGAUGAACCUAUGAUACCCACUGUAAUGGCGAUGACUUACACCUCAUUAGAGUUUGAUACACUGCAGUUCAGAAGAGACACGCGUCCGCGGCGAUUGCAAACCAG